GCCUUGGGCUAUGGACCGGACAACUCUUUUCUUUUCUGUCUUCUUCUCCCUCGUCGUCUCUCCUCUUCUUUCUUGUUUCUGGCAUUUCUGGCAUUCAUUCUUCCCUAAUCCUUUCCUCCUUAAUCUCAAGUCUUUCACAUCCAUCCAUCCAUCCAUCGAUCUCGCAUCUGGGAUUCUGUUCUCUUUGAUAAUUAUCUUCUUCUUCUCUCUUCGGGAAAUAACACACAGAUUAAACAGAAACACAAGGAAGAAAAGUAAAUACCUUCACAAUUUGGAUCCGCCUCGAUCGAAAUUCCAACUUGUCCUUGAGAGACAGGGGUUCAGUAAGUAAUAUUGGUUGGCAACUUGACACCUAAGCUGCAUGCAGCCUCGGCUUCACAUCUCUCUCUAAUCCAUGGGGGAGUGGGUCGUUGGAGCUUUCAUUAACCUUUUUGGCAGCAUUGCCAUCAACUUUGGAACUAACCUUCUCAAAUUGGGGCAUAACGAGAGAGAGAGACAUUCAAUACUAGAAAGUGAUGGAGGAAAUGGAAAGCUUCCUUUGAAGCCUAUUAUACACUAUCAGACAUGGAGAGUUGGCUUUUUAUUUUUUGCUCUUGGUAAUUGCCUAAAUUUUGUAUCCUUUGGAUAUGCUGCUCAGUCACUUCUUGCGGCACUGGGUUCUGUUCAGUUUGUAUCCAACAUUGCCUUUGCUUACUUUGUGUUAAACAAAAUGGUGACUGUAAAGGUAAUGGUUGCCACAGCCUUUAUCGUUAUUGGGAAUAUUUUUCUUGUUGCUUUUGGCAACCACCAGUCACCUGUAUACACACCUGAACAGCUGGCCGAGAAAUACAGCAAUAUUGCAUUCCUAUUUUACUGUAUGAUCUUGGUUUUAGUUGUUGCCUUGCAUCACUCCAUUUACAGGAGAGGAGAGCUUCUGCAUGCUGUUUCUGGCCAGGAUCUGAGACCCUAUUGGCAUAUGCUGCUUCCUUUUUCCUAUGCUAUAGUUUCAGGUGCUGUUGGAUCAUUCUCAGUGUUGUUUGCAAAAUCUCUAUCUAACCUGCUACGUUUGGCCAUGUCUAGCAGUUAUCAGUUACAUAGCUGGUUCACAUACUCCAUGCUCCUUUUAUUUCUAAGUACAGCUGGAUUUUGGAUGGCUCGUUUGAAUGAAGGAUUGUCAUUUUUCGAUGCAAUUCUUAUUGUUCCUAUGUUUCAGAUUGCUUGGACAUUCUUUUCCAUUUGUACAGGAUUUGUAUAUUUUCAAGAAUACCAGGUAUUAGAUGCACUAAGGACAACAAUGUUCAUACUGGGAAUGAUGUCUGUGUUCGUAGGCAUUACUUUGCUGGCACCUGAUGAUUCCAGAGGUGCUGAAGUCAAAGAAAAUCCAUCUUUAGUUUCUGUGGUGUCUUCAAGCAUUCCAAAAGACAUGGGCAGGUUUGCUGUUUCAUCUGAAGAUGUACAAAUUAGAGACACACGAUCAUUUCUGCAAGGAAUCCUGGUGAAGAUUUCAGAUGCGAUAGUGAAGGCAAAGACUGCUUGUGCAUUGUCACUGGGAUUUGGAGAUGAUUCAAUCAAUGCAUCUGCUGUCCUCGUGAUGCCUAUGGUGUCAUCAAAGAUAACGGGCUUUAGAGGAAAUGGGUUUGACCGCGCCAAGAUUUUCUCCAUGAGAAACUCUGGUUGGACCAAGAUGUCCAUGGAUGAAGAUGCUACAAAAAUGCUGGAGACAAACCCCGUGCUCUCUGAGAGCCCGUGAUAGGAGUAGUAAAUUGCAUUAAAUUGCUUCUUAGGAGGGAAUUAUAUUCACUUUGUUGUGUUUUGUAGAAAUACAAAUGUUUAGGAUUCGUUGUAUUGUGCUUUGAUGUUUUUUUAACGAGGUGUAAUUCGUCACGUUAUUGUAUAUUCUUUGCUAAUAUAUUUGGAAGAAAGCUUUAGUAAU